GUGACUUCCAGGAGAGCUUGCAUCCUUUCUUGGGGCUUCCCCACGGUCUUGGGUGUAAAUGGCCGUCGAGACUAAUAUGUGCCAGAAGGGACCGAGCGGUGGAUAUCGAGCCUGGUAAGCCCAACUCAGAAGCUCCGAGACCUGGAGGAGGAGGAGGAGGAGGAGCUCGGCUCUGAAAAGUGCAGUCAUGAAUUCUGGAGUUGCCAUGAAAUAUGGAAACGACUCCUCGGCGGAGCUGAGCGAGCUUCACUUGGCAGCCCUGGCAUCACUCAAGGGAGAUAUAGUGGAGCUUAAUAAACGUCUGCAGCAAACAGAACGAGAACGAGACCUUCUGGAAAAGAAAUUGGCCAAGGCACAGUGUGAGCAGUCCCACCUCAUGAGAGAACAUGAGGAUGUCCAGGAGCGAACAACACUUCGGUACGAGGAACGCAUCACGGAACUCCACAGCAUCAUUGCUGAGCUCAAUAAGAAGAUAGACCGUUUGCAAGGCACCACCAUCAGGGAGGAAGAUGAGUACUCAGAACUGCGAUCAGAACUCAGCCAGAGUCAGCAUGAGGUCAACGAAGACUCUCGAAGCAUGGACCAAGACCAGACCUCUGUCUCCAUUCCUGAGAACCAGUCCACCAUGGUCACUGCUGACAUGGAUAAUUGCAGUGACCUGAACUCGGAGCUGCAGAGGGUGCUGACGGGCCUGGAGAAUGUGGUCUGCUGCCGGAAGAAGAGCAGCUGCGGCCUCUCCGUGGCCGAAGUGGACCGGCACAUUGAGCAGCUCACCACGGCCAGCGAGCACUGUGACUUGGCUAUCAAGACAGUCGAGGAGAUUGAGGGGGUACUUGGCCGGGACCUGUAUCCCAACCUGGCUGAAGAGCGAUCUCGAUGGGAGAAGGAGCUGGCCGGGCUGAGGGAAGAGAAUGAAAGUCUGACCGCCAUGCUGUGCAGCAAAGAGGAGGAGCUGAACAGGACCAAGGCCACCAUGAACGCCAUCCGGGAGGAGCGGGACCGGCUCCGGAGGCGGGUUCGAGAGCUGCAAACACGACUACAGAGCGUGCAGGCCACAGGGCCUGCCAGCCCUGGCCGCCUCACUUCCACCAACCGCCCAGUUAACCCCAGCACCGGGGAGUUGAGCACGAGCAGCAGCAGCAAUGACAUUCCCAUCGCCAAGAUUGCGGAGAGGGUGAAGCUAUCGAAGACCAGGUCUGAGUCUUCAUCGUCUGAUCGACCAGUCCUGGGAUCAGAAAUCAGUAGCAUAGGGGUAUCCAGCAGUGUGGCGGAGCACCUGGCCCACUCUCUUCAGGACUGCUCCAACAUCCAGGAGAUCUUCCAGACGCUCUACUCACAUGGAUCUGCCAUCUCGGAAAGCAAAAUUAGAGAGUUUGAGGUGGAAACAGAGCGGUUGAAUAGCCGCAUUGAACACCUCAAAUCCCAAAAUGACCUCCUGACCAUAACCCUGGAAGAAUGUAAGAGCAACGCUGAACGGAUGAGCAUGUUGGUGGGGAAGUAUGAAUCCAAUGCCACGGCGCUGAGGCUGGCCCUGCAGUACAGUGAGCAGUGCAUAGAAGCCUACGAACUCCUCCUGGCACUGGCCGAGAGCGAGCAGAGCCUCAUCCUGGGGCAGUUCCGGGCAGCCGGCGUGGGGUCCUCCCCUGGAGACCAGUCAGGGGAUGACAAUAUCACUCAGAUGCUCCAGCGCGCUCACGACUGCCGGAAGACCGCUGAGAAUGCCGCCAAGGCCCUGCUCAUGAAGCUGGACGGCAGCUGCGGGGGCGCCUUUGCCGUGGCCGGCUGCAGCGCGCAGCCCUGGGAGAGCCUCUCUUCUAAUAGCCACACCAGCACAACCAGUUCCACAGCCAGUAGCUGCGACACGGAGUUCACUAAGGAAGAUGAGCAAAGGCUGAAGGAUUAUAUCCAGCAGCUCAAGAAUGACAGGGCCGCCGUCAAGCUGACCAUGCUGGAGCUGGAGAGCAUCCACAUCGACCCACUCAGCUACGACGUUAAGCCCCGGGGGGACAGCCAACGGCUAGAUCUGGAAAACGCCGUGCUAAUGCAGGAGCUGAUGGCCAUGAAGGAGGAGAUGGCCGAGCUGAAGGCCCAGCUCUACCUCCUGGAGAAAGAGAAGAAGGCCCUGGAGCUGAAGCUGAGCACUCGGGAGGCCCAGGAACAGGCCUACCUGGUGCACAUCGAGCACCUGAAGUCCGAGGUGGAGGAGCAGAAGGAGCAGCGCAUGCGCUCCCUCAGCUCCACCAGCAGCGGUGGCAAAGACAAGCCCGGCAAGGAGUGUGCUGAUGCCGCCUCCCCAGCCCUGUCACUGGCUGAACUAAGGACAUCAUGUAGCGACAGCGAUCUGGCUGCCGAGUUCGCUAAUGCCAUCCGUCGGGAAAAGAAGUUAAAGGCCAGAGUGCAAGAGUUGGUAAGCGCCUUGGAAAGACUCACCAAGAGCAGUGAAAUCCGACACCAGCAAUCAGCAGAGUUCGUGAAUGACCUAAAGAGAGCCAACAGCAACCUGGUAGCUGCCUAUGAGAAAGCAAAGAAGAAGCACCAAAACAAACUGAAGAAGUUGGAAUCUCAGAUGAUGGCCAUGGUGGAGAGACAUGAGACCCAAGUGAGGAUGCUCAAGCAAAGAAUAGCUCUGCUGGAGGAGGAGAACUCAAGGCCACACACCAAUGAAACUUCACUUUAAUCAGCUCCUCUCGUGGAAGCUAAACUCCAGCAGGUCACUGGGAACAGAAGUGCCCCAGGAGACAGAACACCUGGUGGGAGAGUGACAAAAAGGAAGGUUGGCAGGUAGGUCAGCACCUACACAGUGGAGUGCCAUGGAUUCUGCCCCAGGGGCGAGUGGCCUGGAGUCACCACGUAGACUGUAUCCAGAGGAUCCCGCCCCUCCCCUUCCGGGCCCACGGACAGCGUGUAAAUACCUGCUCUGUGCGCCAUGCGCAGCAGGCCUUGCUUCUGCUCUCAGCCCUGGCGGUCACUCUCCCACCUGUUCUGGAGCUUCUGUGUAAGUAGUACCCUCAGCAUUUUUUAGAGGACGGUCCGUUCUUCUCCUCUUUUUUGGUAGAUAGUGAUCUUAUCUCUGACAUGCCAUUUCUCCUCUUCUUCAGGGAUAUAUGCUGACAACACAUGGGGUGGAGAGGGGGUAUUUCCAGCCUCUAGAACUGAUUUGUUUAUUGUAACCAGGCUUUGGUGUUCAAGUCCCACGUACCAACCCUGAGACAGACAGUCACUCAGAGGUGCUCUGAAAGGCAGAUUACAGGGCGGCGGUGCAUAGGUGUUCUUCCAGUCCCAGAUACAUCUGAAGUUGCAGGUGGAGCAACCCCAGGGCUGUGCCGGACAGCUAUGGGAGAAUGAGCACUUCUUUCCACCUCUCACUGUGGAGGGAGGGCUGGGAAGGGCACUUUCUUUGGACUCUGGGAUUUUCCCUCCCAGUGGAGCCCUAUUAAAGCCAAGACUUAGAGCUGAGAUAGUCCUGUUGAUACAUAUAAGUGGAACUAAAAUUUUACCAGGAGUUUGUUCAAGAGCUGAGGAGCCAAACCGCCGCGCCCCCCCCUGGCACCACCUAAUCGCUGUUCUGUAUGAAUCAGAGCUCAUCUACGGGAGGAAAAACACAGCUCUGGAACUGUCUCGAUUUCUCUAACGGUAAGAGGAAGGGCAUGGAGUAGACUGCAUGUGUUGCAGGCUGAUUCCACCUACUGAAGAGAUGGCUACUGAACCACCAGUCAGACUUCGCUGCUGCUGUUAGGAAGGGCAGCAGGUGAAGGAAUGGUUGUUGAGACCUCCUCUGAAGGCCCCAAGAGAAAUGGUGCUUAGUAUACAGUACUUAGUACUUAAAAUAGGUUAAAUCUCAAGAAACAUGCUGACAGGGAUGGGCCAGGACCAAAGUACCUGAAUUCUUUCAGGAGGGCCUCCAUCUUAAAUUCAUUAUUCCCUAUCCUAUCUUUCAGUUCUUCUGUAGUUACCCUACACGGACAGAUUUUCAAGGACCACUUAACUCUCAUUCUGUAGCACCUGAAGAUCCCUCAAAGUCUCCUGAGAACUGUACCCGAUGCCAUAGUUCAGGAAAUUUUUUUUAUGACCAGGUCACAUUAGAGCCCCAGUAUCGGUGAACUAGAGGUCUGUUUUCAGACAACCCGAUACAAGUUCCUCAAGCCUUCGUGGCAAUGGCGAAGGCCACUCCAGCCACCACCUUGGAGGGCAGAGCAUUCUUCCCCAAAAGCGCCCCCCCUCCUUUCUCAGGCCAGCAGUGAAGCUGCCCACCUUCAAACAAAACAAAACAAACCAGUAAUAGUCUGGAAGGACCAGCCUUUGGCUGCUUUGAUCACUGUGAAAGUGUCCACUGGCUUCUGUUUCUGUUAUGUGUCUACCAUUUAGUCAAAGUUGGAUCUUGUAAUUUUUUUUAAUCAAUUUUUAUGCUUAUGAUAAAAUUUCAUUUUUAUCAUAAGGAAAAUGUUGUGGCUAAAAUAUAUGUGCAAAAAGGGGGGCAGGUUAAUGCUAUUUUUCCAGUUUUCCUAGGGGAAAUGGCUUCCCCUCAGCCAACCGGGAUGUCCAAGGUGGGAAACCACUAGUGGCAUCAAAACCGUUUUAAUUUCGCCAACACUGAAGGGUAUAGCUGACAUAGGAAUAAAAUCCUGUCUGCUGACCUCUGUCUGCCAUUCUUGGUCCAAGUUAAAAGAGAACUCACUCUUCUGAUGUGAGUCAUGUAGGGUCCUGUAACUGAGACUUGCGAAGUCUCAGCUCCUCCAUUAUAAGCCCCAGUAUCAGCCUGCCUGGGCUCCUUUUGAGUUUAUACUUCAACAUCAUACUUUUAAAUAUGUGGUGACUAGGUCAAAACUAUUUCUCCAGAAAACUGUUACUUUUAUAAAAAUGUAUGGAAUAAAAAGGCAGUUAGUUGAUUUCCUUUCCUUGUAUUUUUCAAAUACUCCCCAAGACAAGAUCCUGGUUGAAGGUGUUCGAAGAGGUACUGGUUUAUGCUAAUUGUGGAGCCCACUAAAAUCACCUUGAUUAAAAGUAAAAAACUGCAGGUGCCUGAAA